AUGAAUAAUAGUCUCAAAGUGGCAACAACGUUAAUCGAAGACGUAGAAAUGGCGCUGUUGGUGUGGACUGAAUUCGGUAAAGGUUUGAUCAAGAAAUUGAAAGUAUCACCCGAUGGUUUUCUGCAAAUGUGUCUUCAGCUGACAUAUUUUAGGGUUUGUUCAUUUUAUCGUAUAAGUUGUUGUGAGUGA